CCAUUUUGCCCCUCCGGAGGAGCAGACGGCGGUUGGAGGUGCUAUGGAGACGGCAGAUGAUACAGGAAGUCGGGUUCGGUUCCAGCUGGAACUGGAAUUUGUGCAGUGCCUGGCAAACCCCAAUUACUUAAACUUUCUUGCUCAGAGAGGCUACUUCAAAGACAAAGCAUUUGUAAACUAUCUAAAGUACCUGCUAUACUGGAAGGAACCAGAAUAUGCCAAAUACCUCAAGUACCCUCAGUGUUUGCACAUGCUGGAGCUGCUGCAGUAUGAGCACUUCCGAAAAGAACUGGUGAACGCCCAGUGUGCCAAGUUCAUCGAUGAGCAGCAGAUUCUCCACUGGCAGCACUAUUCCCGCAAGCGGAUGCGUCUUCAGCAGGCUCUGGCAGAACAGCAGCAGCAGCAGCAAAACAGCGCCUCCCUCAAAUGAGCUGCUUGCAAGAAUUGGCUGGAUAUUUCCAAGGACAAGUUUCCCUUCCUCUUUCCACUACGUUGGGGAAAUGCAGCCAAGAGGAACUCCUCAGCUUAGUAGAGACUGGACUGCUGGCUUCUGUCUGUGUAUAUAAAGUGCAGUUGCAGAAGGCACUCAGCCCUUAGGAAUUCAAGAUGAUAUAGCAGAAAAGGGUAGGAAGGGAAUGUGUUUGUCUGAAGUAGAGGCAGCUCGUAUGGUUUUUUCAUAUGCCUGUUGUGUGGCGGUAGAUCAAAACUGGCAAAACUUACUGGCUUAGCUCUGUAGGAAAAUAGGCAGUUCACUUCUUUAGGAUGCUGCUUCCUGUAACAAACACUGGCAUUGCACUCAAAGCACUUCUGAGAUCUCACCUGAUUGAAUGUACUGUACUGGCCUUAGAAAUACCGGUCUAUCAGAUUCACAGGUGGCAAAGUGAUCGUGUAUUGGGCCAGGAGAAACCACAUUCGGUCUCUUUCCUAUUCCUUCCUCAUACAGAACUUCAGUGUGUGAACUCACCCAGUCAUAAAUGCUAUUUCUUCAUGCAGUUCUAGCAGCAUGAAUAACUUUCUGCCCAAACUGGUUUCUUUCAGGGCAGAGUCUCCUGCUUGAUGCAGUGUAAAUUUGAAAGGAAAGCAAAUGUGCUAAUGUUGAGUGAACACCCGAAUAGCAAGCGGUAAGCAACUUAACCAUAGUUGGUUAUGUCAUGACAUGGCUGGUGGCGAUUUAAAUAAAUGAAAGCCUGCCUUCUUA